AGCCUUAAAACACACACACAAUGCACAUUCUAGGAUUUAGAGCAACAUCACACUGCAUCUACAGAAAAUCAUGGUCAAUAGUGACUUUCAAUUUUCCCUAGACUAGUAAAGCUUUGAGACAACUCUACAGUUUUUCUAUCUCUAGGAGUCAAGGCUGAGGUACCAAUUCGACGGGGGUUGCAUUACUGCGAUAGUAAUAGGUAGUGGUUGGUUGGUGAGCAAGCUGCCUUGAUUGUUCGGCGGCGUUUUCAUUGGAGAGGGGGGCGUGGUUCUGCGCUUUCACGCGCGAGUCAGCUAGCCGUAGUUAGCGAGAGGGCAAGUGGCGGUUAUUUUGAGUUGUGAAGGAUGGCUGAGGCGUCCAUUGUCAUCUCCGGUCCUAGGAGCGGUCCCAACCGGGCAAUGCCAUCCUUGGCCCAAUUAGCAGAACCACCUCAAGGGCUAUUGGAGAUGAUGGAAAUGCAGCUUGGCGACGCAGCAUUUUCACUGACCAAGCUUUUGGAGGCUACCUCUGCAGUGUCAGCCCAAGUAGAAGAACUUGCAUCCAAGUGUACAGAACAUGCAAGAUUUCUUAAAACAUGGCGAGGCCUUCUAAAAGAGGGAUAUGAUUCCCUGAAACCCACUGAGUGAUUUGAACAUGCAUUCAGUUCUACUGUUCUAACUGUUAUACUGAAACCAAAGGCAAGAUGGACCAAUAACAUGAAACGCUUUACUGCUUACGUAUGGAGAGGCGGAACAACAAACUUGGUUUUAAAUUUCCAAAGGAAUAUUAUUAAUUUUAAAUUUUGUAAUGGAAGCAAAGGAGCUGCCUUAAAGCAUUGGAGCAUGCUUACCAGGCUAAAGAACUUGUUCCUUCAGUCAUGUCCCAGUACAUGAGCUUUAACAUUUUCCUUAAAGUUCUAGAGAUUAGAUUAAAAUUAUGAUUAAGGUUUCAUUUGACUGGAACUUGGGAUUUUAUUAGUUGUGGGUGACUGUAACAUCUAUAGAACUCAUGGUAUAAGAUAUAUGGACUGUUGGGCUAAAAUGUUUAAUUGUAAGGAGAACCAGGUGUGUUCUAUCUUACACUAAGUAACAUCCAAUGCGUUCUCCCCUAUACAUAGGUGUGGCUGUUCCUAUUUUGCUUAGUCUUUUGACAGUUUCAGUAUCUUAAAAAGCGUUUAAAUUGUAUAUUUUUCUGUGCUGAGUAUGUGAUCAGAGCACAUUCUGACACAAAAAGUGUGAAGACUCUUAUGCAUGCCCGAACAUAGGAUUUUACCUUCUGCUAAAAGAUGCAAGUUCUUAUUUAUUGUGUAGUUUCAAUAAUUAUAUACAGAGUAAAAAUGUAUACACCAAUGUAUAAUCAGCAUAUGUACAUCUGAUAGUUGGGUAUAAAUCGAGGAAAGAAUAUUACUUGUGAACAAGGGUUGUAUCCAUGCUGUUGGUUGCAAUUAGGUCCCAUUGAAAAUGCUAGGACAAAUUAUUCAUUGUUUGAUUUCAUUGGGGAGUAAGCAUAACUAACAGUCUGGAUUUAAUCCAAGCGCCUCUUGUUCUUGUCCAAGAUACAUGGCAUUGAAGUAAGUUAAGCAAGAGGCAGACAAAUAAUUAUGUUUCUAAUUCAAUGUAAUUACAGUGUUACUAUAUUAAUAAAGUGUAUUGGCAUAACA